CCCUCCCAAUCAUGUGAUUCAGGUGCUCCAAUCCCCUCCCAAUCAUGUGAUUCAGGUGCUCCAAUCCCCUCCCAAUCAUGUGAUUCAGGUGCUCCAAUCCCCUCCAUAUCAUGUGAUUCAGGUGUUCCAAUCCCCUCCAUAUCAUGUGAUUCAGGUGUUCCAAUCCCCUCCAUAUCAUGUGAUUCAGGUGUUCCAAUCCAGUCAAUAGCUAAAGACCUCCAAACUUGGUGUGGCCUUCAGAUGAUCCCAACAACAGUGCGUAGAGAGCUUCAUGGAAUGGGUUUCCAUGGC